AUGGAGAUAGGGGAAAGAGAGGAGGGGGCAACAGAUGGGGACCACCGUCUUCGACCAGGAGACCAUGUAUUACAAAUCGGUAACAUCAGCACUCACGGAAUGAGCAGUCAACAGGUGGCAGCGAUUCUGCGGCAACAAGACACGAUUGUGGAAAUGAUUGUCGGACGACCAAUCAACUACGCUGAUCGACCACCGGAUAGCAGUGGUCAGUUGGAUUUUCAACUUAUUUUUCGCUCUCACACAGUGAUUUCUCAUUUUUUUGAAUAG